AUGUCGAUCAAUUACGCACAGGCUUUAUCACCGUACGAAAACAAGGGAGCAGUUGGUAUGCCAGAGGUGCGAUUCAUUCCUAUAAAAGAUUUCACGAGUAGCUUGCAUUGUAAAACAAACGUUCCAGUUUCUACAAAAAAUCAAGUCACUAGAAAGAUGUCCAAAGGACGUAUUUCAACUUCUGCUGGAAUCCCCGAUUUCCGGGGUCCUAACGGUGUGUGGACCACCGAGAAGGAUGGUCGUGUGCCAGAAAGUGUUGAUUUCACACAUGCUCGUCCUACAUUCACACACCAUGCUCUUCGAGUACUUGAAGAGAGAGGUCUUAUUAGGUGUGUAAGGCUUUUUUUCUCCUCCAUACCUCGUUUAAAUGUUCAAGGUAACACUUUUUGUUGUUGUGUGGGCAAGCAUUAUUAUCGAAACUUCGCUAUUGGGAGUGUUGGUCUGAAGUACACUGGUCGUACGUGUGAAGGUAAUCCAAGUGGUCGUACUUGUCGCGGACGGUUGCGUGAUACCACUCUUGAUUGGGAAGAUAAUACGUCAAGUUUGUUUCAGAAUGCGGAUCUAUCACUGUGCUUGGGAACGUCACUCCAAAUUGUACCGGUUGGCGACAUGCCACUUUUAGCAAAGCGAAAUGGUGGAAAAAUGGUAACUGUGAACUUGCAAGCUACAAAACAUGUGUCGUCUGAAAAAGUCUGUUUCCUUUACAUUAGAAUUCGCAACUUUUCUUCCAUACGAAUUUGCUCUUCUGGAGGCGCAAAUGUAGCUAGAGAAGACGGUAUUUACCUGUCGUUCUAUUGA